CGUCCAUGGAGUAAGAAAGAUAGUCGUAUUGCUUCGUACCCUUCUCUUCCAUCUUUUACUGACCUACGUGGAAAUCGCGCGUACUUCUCUCCAACGAACACCGGUAUGUUACGUAGUUACGCAGUGUAUAGUAUACAUACGCGAACGUCCAAUGAAAUAGAGUAAUGCGUGGAAAGGGAUGCUACACGUAACUUGUUUCUAUCUUCUCGCCGUUUGUCCGAUCGAAAGUGUUUUGUUUUCGAACUCGCGUGUGUUUUGUGCUUUCUCAUCUAUAAGGACUUUGUAGCGUUCGAGACAUCUUAUAUCUCGACAUCGAUGCCCAUCCUCGCCUGUACGAUGAAAUCUUAUUCUUACUGGGACGAUCAGCCUGGUCUACGAAUGCUUGCAAAAGCGGACCAGAGAAUUCGAACCAUCUGCGCCUCGGAUGAACGAUAUUUCGAGUAAUUAAGAGUCUUCGAGAACCAGUAUCAGUCUCCAAUUACGCAUUCGUCUCGACCGCGCGGCGUGAUGGCGGAAUGCAAGGAGCAUCCAGACGGCGUUACACUUGCUGUAUGGUGGUUUCCGAUCAGCUCCUUGUGUCUUGUGGCAGCAUGUGCAACGAAGAAACAGCGAAAAAGAUUCCGGUAGAUGUAUUCGGUGCAGAUCCGGUAGAUGAUAUGAAAAUUCACGGUUUACAUCGCCAACACAAUUCGCACUUAACCACCGUUUCGAAAACGAUGUCACAAUGUCGAUCGCAUUUUUCUCCGCAACGGCGAGACGCGGUCACCAGAGCUACCAGUACCAUAAUCCCGAAAAACGACUACCGCUGCGAGGCAGUGGAAACUAGUAGAAACGCCAGACCUAUAUUCAGAAAAGUAGUCGAAUUGUCUCGGUGGUCGCAAAGCUACGGGAAAGAAAACGACAGCGAUGAGUUGGCUGCAAGAGGGUUGCUGGGCGGAGUGGCUGCAAGAGGGCCAAUAAGGAAAAUGCCUGGUCGAAUGGCGGAGCAUCGUGCUCCGCUACACGGGCCAUAUAAGUGUCCGUCCCGGGAGAAGCCGGUCGCGGUACAUCAGAUAAGAAAACCUGGUCUCGGAAUAGAACCCUAUUAUGUUUGCUAUAAGUGGCCGUGGCCAAGGCUACGAGGAGAUGCGAGAGCGGCUCCUGCAGGCGGACCAACAGGGAGAUAAGAAAAAUGCCUGGGCUGGCCCUCGUCGUAACCGCAGAAGUUGUAAUUAUACAGUGAUAUUACUACCGAAAAGAAUGAGGGACGGCGGAAGCUGGUAUACGUGGAAGUGGUGUUCCCGGAGACCGCCGGCAUUUUACCCUGAAUCUGGAUGAAGAUACGUCGUCGCCAGAUAACAGCCGCCACGAGAACGAGUAUUUAUUGUUGGCCUCAAAAGCCGGUUAAAGGAUGGAACGAAAGAAUUCCCUGAUGAACGGUGGAAUGAAAUCGUAAUUGGAUGAAACUCCUUUUGUAGCGGCCACUUCCACCCUCCACUCCCCUCUAUCUGGCCAUCAUCGCCCCGUCUCUGUCUGCCUCUUUGGAUUCUG